AAAGCACUUCUUCAUCUGCAAUCCCCAAUUACGUCUUCACCCCCCCCUGCACUCCCGCACCACCCGUCUACUUUUACAAAGACUUAUUUCACAUUUACAUCAAUCUCACUUCCACUCUGCACACUGUUCAAUCUAACAUCACUGUCAACAUGGUCAAGCAAAAGCGCAAAGCCAUCGCCCUGCAUCCUGCUUCUUCGGUUGCCACUGGCGCUCCCAAGGUCGGGUCCGCCACGGCUGCCCACAUCGAAGCCAAACGCAAGGAGCAGGGAAAACUCAUGGUCGAGCAGUCUCAGUUGGCGUGGGCUAAAUACUGGGCUGAGAAAGCAGAGAACCUUGCCGCUCCGUUUGGCCCGCUGCCGGACAAUCCAGCGGCUAUCGAGGCCAAGUUGGAGCGCGGUGCGACAAUUAAACCAGUUGCAGCCUUGAAAGUCCCCCAGGUCGAGAGUGUUGAAAAGAGUCCUCUCUCACACAGCGCCAUCGGAAACAUCCUCCGAGAAGCCAAGGGCCAUUGUCCCAAGGCGCAGGCAUGGUUGAAAGCCCACGAGAUGACCAAGCUUGUCAAAGACAAAAUGAUCCUUGGGGUCGAUGAACGCGAUAGUCUCAGAAAGCAGGUUGUUGAGAACUUGCGUCAUAGGACUCUCGUCGCCUUGAAGGCGGCCAACGCAUCCAAGGAGGAGGUCGACGACACAGAAGACGUCGUGGAAAGCGGCGCGGAAGCUCAGUUCCAGAGGGUCUUGGACGCUCAUGAUAGACUCCGCAAGGCUCUCGUCGAGUUUGAGCAGAUGAAACGCCAGCAUCAGUCGGAAUAG